AUGCUAUGGUCACCGUUCCAGUUGCUGGGCAUCAGCGUUCCAGGCUCUGGUUACCAACGUUCCAGGCUCUGGUCACCAACGUUGCAGGCUUUGGUCACCAACGUUGCAGACUCUGGUCACCAACGUUCCAGGCUCUGGUCACUACUCUGGAUGUUGGGUACCAAAAGCCCGUCAGUAUAUAAAGGAGACGCCACCGAGGUGCUGAGCUUGCUGUUGGUGGGCGUGGGCGUGGUGGGUGAGAGUGUGGGCAUAGCGGACGAGGGUUUGCGAAAACCUACUGGUAUUCCUUUCCACUACACCUACGACCCCCACUACGAUGUCACUCCAAUCUACAUACCGAAGAACACCUUCAUGGACACUUCUUCAUACCCACUCACCUAUAGUACGCCUGCCCACGCCCGAAAUUAUAUGCCCAAACCCACCUUCACUCCUUCCUAUAUGCUCAAACCCACCUUCACUCCUUCCUAUAUGCUCAAACCCACCUUCACUCCUUCCUAUAUGCCCAAACCCACCUUCACUCCUUCCUAUAUGCUCAAACCCACCUUCACUCCCAAAGCCACCUACACUCCCAAAGCCAUUUACUCUCCAGCAUAUACACCCAAACUCACCUACACUCCGACUCCCUACGUAUCCAAACCCACCUACACUCCGACCCCCUAUGUACCCAAACCACCCUACAUUCCGACCACCUAUGCACCCAAACCCACUUACACCCCAGCCUAUACACCCAAACCAACCUACACAAGCAAGCCUACAUACACCGCACCCUACACAUCCAGCCCUAAAUCCUACGUCUACAAACCUGAGCCAUUCUACCAGACCGUGUACAAGGUCGAGUCUGCCUACAAGCCCUCACCUACACACGACGAUGGUCCUACAGAAUAUGAUUUUGGGUAUGGUGUGGCCGACACCUACCAUGGAACCAAUUUUGGUCACACAGAAAAGCGAGAAGGCUACCGAACUGAAGGUCAAUACUUCGUAGAUCUUCCAGACGGUCGCCGGAUGGUUGUAAAGUAUUACUCGGACGAGACUGGUUACCACCCGACCAUUACAUACGAGGGGACACCAAUUUACCCACAACACAGGCCAGUGUAUAAACCUAAGCCAGCUUACAAGUCGACACCGAUUUACACACCUGAUGCAGUAUAUAAACCUGAGCCAGAGUACAAGACCAGACCAACCUAUAAACUUGUAUCACACAAUGAACCUUUGUAUAGAUCAGAUUAUUAGAAAAUAUCUCUAAAAUUUAUGGUUACUAUUAUAUUUAUGGUAUGUGCUAAAUACACAGGGAUCAUACAGCACCUGAGCAAUGGGAGGUAAUCUGGUUAAAAAACUGAACAUAGCUUAUCUAGUAUACUAUUACGUAAUUAAGGAAAAAGAAAUACUUUAAAAACUCAGUGAAAAAUGAAUACUUUUACACCUGAUG